CAAUUAAUCCUUCAGCCAAUCUCCUUGGUUGGUAUAUCUGUAGGCACCAUCUCAAUACUUCUUGUUGCUUUUUCUUACCCAGCUCAUCGGUAAUGUCGAUAAUAGAACACAAGAAUUUGAAGAACAGGCAAUAAACCUCCAAAUGGCUACGACAGAGCGUGGGAAGGCUGUGAUAGUCUGGUUAAUAGUGUUUACAAUACUUGUAACACUGAGUAUGAUCGGUCGGUUUUGGGCCCGACGGAUACAACGAAGAAAGCUUUCUCUCGACGACUUCUUCGUUGUCUUUGCAUUUCUUAACCUCAUUGGACUCGAGAUUCCAACAUUUAUGAGCUACCAUCAUAAUCUUGGAGCUCAUGCAGUGGACCUUUCUUAUGAAGAUUCCACAUUUCAACAUAAGGCCCAGUAUUCCGCCUCCUUCACUUGGACGUUUGCGACAUGUUUCGCGAAAUUGGCGGUAUUAUGGAUGUACCUCACUAUUUUCCCAGGCCGCAGGCUCAAGUGGGCCGUCUACGUGACGAUGGGGCUUAGUGUUGCCUUUUUGAUCGCCUUCGUCCCAAUUUUCAUGACUGUGUGCCUGCCAGUAUCAGCGCAAUGGAGCCCCGACAUUAUGUUUACCUUGGCUCACUGCAGGGCCAUUCAAACCCAAGAGUUCGCGUCAGUAGGGGCGAACAUGGCUUUGGAUCUGAUUAUUGUCAUGAUUCCGAUUCCCUCUGUAUGGUGCUUACAGAUGAGUGUAGCCAGGAAGGUUUUCGUUACAUCUAUGUUCAGCCUGGGAUUGGCCGUGGUCGGUAUUGGCGCAUGGAGAAUUGACACCACUAUUAAAUCCACGAAGUCGGUCGACUGGAGCUGGUUCGUCGUCCCUGUCGGGCUACAAAGCCAUCUCGAACUUUGGCUUGGAAUCAUCGCCGCAAACUUACCGCAAAUGAGCCCUCUAUUGACUAGGCUCCUUCUUCCAGCCAUGUCAAGUUUUUAUAAAUCAAUCACCUCCAGCAGAUACACUCUGAGUAGAACUGGUGGACAAAAAGACACGUCUGGGUCGACGGAUAAUUCGUGGGGAGGAAAGAGCAGCCGGAGGAGAUUCACACAAAUCAGUAACGAAAGAACCGAGCUUGAAUCUAUGGAAGUCCCUCUUGGCACAAUCGAAAGACGCCACGAAACUAAUAUUGAGUCUAGCCAACAUGAUUCUCAGGAGUUUCCCAAGUCGAAGAUUUGGCGGGAAAUCGAGGUUAGCAUAAAUCAUGAAUAGCAUGACGGAGUUGCACUAUCCUUGUACUAUAUAUGUAAUCCUAGUAUUUGUGCGAAAUUUAUGCAAGUUUUAACGUCAACACUAGCACAUCGCGAUACUAGGUUUUGAAAUCGGUGAUAAGAUGUCAGAAUAUCAUUUGAUUUUGAAUUAUUUCGUUGGUAUAUGUAUUUAACUUUUUAUUGGAGGUUAAGAUUUAUAAUAAUAAUAAUAAUGAUAAUAUUAUUAUUAUAAUAAUAAUGGAAGACUUAAUCAAUUUAAGCUUAGGGACGAAUCGAAUAUAUAUAUAAUAAGAGUUGAAUUGAAGUCAAUUUAUAAAAGCUAGGC